AUGGAAGGGGGUCGCAACAUCCCCCAGAUCAUCACCUCCCAGGACCCCCUGUCCAUCUCUCUGACCGUGUCUCUCGCCCCCGUGACCAAGCACAGUGGCUCGCUCCUCCCGGUGGAAGAGAGAAGUGCUGAAGAUGAUGAUGUUUUUGGUGUUGAUGACUUAGAGAUGCAGACCGGCCUCCUGACUGUGGAAGAUGAGGAUCGUCCAGCAUCAGCGGCCAGCUAUGGCAGUGUGAUUGUCCAUGAGAGAGUGACUACACUGGUCAAGCUGUUUAAGGCGAGGACGGUCCGCAAGAGGGAAAAACUGAUGGACCCUGACGACUCUGAGGAAGACAGCCCUCAAACCACCCCAGCCAAGGCACCCCCUCCCCCUCCUCCCCCAGAAGAGGACAAGGACAUCUCAGCCCCGGUGGAGGAGGAAGAGGUGGAGGAGUACUGGGACUUCUAUGGAUACCCGAUCAAAAUCCUCAAACUUCCCAAAAUGCCCCCACUUCCUAGUUGGCUUCAAACCAUAGUGGACUUUCGUUUCCCUUCCAGCAUCGACCCUUAUACUGACCUGGUCUACGUGGUGUGGCUGUUCUUUGUGAUGAUGGCAUGGAACUGGAACGUGUGGCUGAUCCCGGUGCGCUGGGCCUUCCCCUACCAGACUGCAGACAACAUCUACUGGUGGCUGUUUAUGGACUACACCUGUGACCUUAUCUACAUCACCGACAUCCUGGUCUUUCAGCCCCGCCUGGAGUUUGUACGCGGAGGAGAUAUUGUGUGUGACAAAAAGGACAUGAGAGACAACUACAUGACAACAGAACGAUUCAAGAUGGAUUGUAUCAGUAUGUUCCCCAUGGAGAUAUUUUACUACUUUACUGGAGUUAACUCGCUCCUCAGAUUCCCCCGCCUACUGAAGUACAUGGCUUUCUUUGAGUUCAACGACCGUUUGGAAGCAGUAAUGAAGAAAGCCUACAUCUACAGAGUGAUCCUGACCACUUCCUACCUGUUGUAUUCUCUCCACAUCAACGCCUGUCUGUUCUAUUGGGGUUCUGACUACGAGGGGCUCGGGUCCACUAAGUGGGUCUACAACGGCAAAGGGAACAGUUAUAUCCGGUGUUACUACUUUGCUGUGAAGACCCUGAUCACCAUCGGUGGUCUCCCGGACCCAACCACCGUGUUCGAGAUCACAUUCCAGCUAGUCAACUAUUUUGUUGGCGUCUUUGCUUUCUCCAUCAUGAUUGGUCAGAUGAGAGAUGUGGUGGGGGCUGCCACAGCGGGACAGAACUACUACCGGGCCUGUAUGGACAACACCAUCAAGUACAUGACCUCCUACCACAUCCCCACAGAGGUCCAGAACCGAGUCAAGACCUGGUACGACUACACCUGGCAAAUACAGGGCAUGCUGGAUGAGCAGGAGCUGUUGAUCCAGCUGCCAGAUAAGAUGAGGAUGGACAUGGCUGUGGAUGUUAACUACUCCAUUGUGAGUAAAGUGGCCCUGUUCCAGGGCUGUGACAGACAGAUGAUCUUUGACAUGUUGAUGAGGCUCAAGUCUGUGGUCUACCUGCCUGGGGACUUUGUCUGUAAAAAGGGUGAGAUCGGCAGGGAGAUGUAUAUCAUCAAGCAGGGGGAGGUUCAGGUGGUGGGAGGACCUGAUUUGAAGACUGUGUUUGUGACAAUCAGGGCCGGCUCUGUGUUUGGAGAAAUCAGCUUGCUGGCAGGGGGCGGGGGGAACAGACGCACGGCCAAUGUGAUGGCUCACGGAUUCGCUAACCUCUUCAUCCUGGAUAAGAGGGACCUCUCAGACAUCCUGGUGCACUACCCCGAGUCCCAGAAACUCCUCCGCAAGAAGGCCAAGAAAAUGCUGACGAAGGAUAAGAAGCCAGAGGAAAAGGCAGAGGCGAAGGAGACUGCCGAGGUGAUCCCAGACAGGCCAGAGACCCCCAAGCUGUUCAAAGCAGCCCUGGUGGUUACAGAGCAGGCAGGCAUUAAGGGCACCUUCGCCAAGCUGAAAGAGGGCUACAAACCUGCCGAGACUGGGUCCUCUGGACUCCCCAUACCUCCUCCCUCCCUGAUGGUGCACCGUCGCUCCCCCAUCCCCCCUACAGAUGCCCGGGUCGAGGAUGACGAAGAUGCGGUUUCCGAGACGACCGACAGCAUGAUGCUCAUCCGCAUGACACGCCGUCACAAAGGCGAGGAGCUCCUAUACUAG